AUGAACCAUCUGACCGAAGUCUGUAUAUGUGACCGUCACUGUCUGCCUGUUGGUCUGCCUCCCGGCCGGACAGGCCUGGACGAUACUUCUAACCUGCCUCCUAAGGAGUCUCGCGAAACGUCGGGGCGUUGCCGACCGCCUCUCUCCCAGUUUCGGUCUGAGGUAGGUUUCUGCAAGAAAGUGGGCCGAGUCUUUAUUUCCCUCUUGAGCCUGGGCCAAUCUGGAAGAGGCGACAAAUCGGUCUUGCGUGUGUACCCAGCCCCCGACAACCCGUCUGGUGGUGCUGACGCUUAG